GCGGCGGCAGCCGGGAGAGGCUCCUCCUUCACGCCCUCCUUUCCCUCGCUCGCAGCCGAGCAGAGCCGGUCGACCCGGAGGGGCCCCCACCCCUCCCCGGGCCAUGGCCGGCAACGUGAAAAAGAGCUCUGGGGCCGGGGGCGGCAGCGGCUCCGGAGGCUCGGGCUCGGGCGGCCUGAUUGGGCUCAUGAAGGACGCCUUCCAGCCGCACCACCACCACCACCUAAGCCCCCACCCGCCGGGGACUGUAGACAAGAAGAUGGUGGAGAAGUGCUGGAAGCUCAUGGACAAGGUGGUGCGGUUGUGUCAGAACCCAAAGCUGGCGCUAAAGAAUAGCCCACCUUAUAUCUUAGACCUGCUGCCAGAUACCUACCAGCAUCUCCGUAUUAUCUUGUCAAGAUAUGAGGGGAAGAUGGAGACACUUGGAGAAAAUGAAUAUUUUAGGGUGUUCAUGGAGAAUUUGAUGAAGAAAACUAAGCAGACCAUAAGCCUCUUCAAGGAGGGGAAAGAAAAAAUGUAUGAGGAGAAUUCUCAGCCUAGGCGAAACCUAACCAAACUGUCCCUGAUCUUCAGCCACAUGCUGGCAGAACUAAAAGGAAUCUUUCCAAGUGGACUCUUUCAAGGAGACACAUUUCGGAUUACUAAAGCAGAUGCUGCAGAAUUUUGGAGAAAAGCUUUUGGGGAAAAGACAAUAGUCCCUUGGAAGAGCUUUCGACAGGCACUACAUGAAGUACAUCCCAUCAGUUCUGGACUUGAGGCCAUGGCUCUGAAAUCCACUAUUGAUCUGACCUGCAAUGAUUAUAUUUCAGUUUUUGAAUUUGAUAUCUUUACGAGAUUAUUUCAGCCAUGGUCCUCUUUGCUCAGGAAUUGGAAUAGCCUUGCUGUAACUCAUCCUGGUUACAUGGCUUUCCUGACGUAUGAUGAAGUGAAAGCUCGGCUCCAGAAAUUCAUUCACAAACCUGGCAGUUACAUCUUCCGGCUGAGCUGCACUCGUCUGGGUCAGUGGGCUAUUGGGUAUGUUACUGCUGAUGGGAACAUUCUCCAGACAAUCCCCCACAAUAAACCUCUCUUCCAAGCACUGAUUGAUGGCUUCAGGGAAGGCUUCUAUUUGUUUCCUGAUGGACGUAACCAGAAUCCUGACCUGACAGGCUUAUGUGAACCAACUCCCCAAGACCACAUCAAAGUGACCCAGGAACAAUAUGAAUUAUACUGUGAGAUGGGCUCCACAUUCCAACUGUGUAAAAUAUGUGCUGAAAAUGAUAAGGAUGUAAAGAUUGAGCCCUGUGGACACCUCAUGUGCACAUCCUGUCUUACAUCCUGGCAGGAAUCAGAAGGUCAGGGUUGUCCUUUCUGCCGAUGUGAAAUUAAAGGUACUGAGCCCAUUGUGGUGGAUCCGUUUGAUCCUAGAGGAAGUGGCAGCCUGUUGAGGCAAGGAGCAGAGGGAGCCCCUUCCCCAAAUUAUGAUGAUGAUGACGAUGAAAGAGCUGAUGAUUCUCUCUUCAUGAUGAAGGAAUUGGCUGGUGCCAAGGUGGAAAGGCCUCCUUCUCCAUUCUCCAUGGCUCCACAAGCUUCUCUUCCCCCAGUGCCACCACGACUUGACCUUCUGCAGCAGCGAGUAUCUGUUACUUCAAGUGCUUCUGGUCUUGGAACUGCUCCUAAGGCUGCUUCUGUCUCCCUUCAUAAGGACAAACCAUUGCCAGUGCCUCCCACACUUCGAGAUCUUCCACCGCCACCCCCCCCAGACCGGCCAUAUUCUGUUGGAGCAGAAACCCGGCCUCAGAGACGCCCCCUACCUUGUACACCAGGCGAUUGUCCAGCCAGAGACAAACUGCCCCCUGUCCCCUCUAGCCGCCUUGGGGACUCAUGGCUGCCCCGACCAAUCCCCAAAGUACCAGUAGCUGCCCCAAGCCCCAGUGAUCCCUGGAUAGGAAGAGAAUUAACCAACCGGCACUCACUUCCAUUUUCAUUGCCCUCACAAAUGGAACCCAGAGCAGAUGUGCCUAGGCUUGGGAGCACAUUCAGUCUGGAUACCUCCAUGAAUAUGAAUAGCAGCCCAUUAGCAGGUCCAGAGUGUGAGCACCCCAAAAUCAAACCUUCCUCAUCUGCUAAUGCCAUUUAUUCUCUGGCUGCCAGACCUCUUCCUGUGCCAAAACUGCCACCUGGGGAGCAGUGUGAAAGUGAGGAAGACACAGAGUAUAUGACUCCCUCCUCUAGGCCUGUAGGGCUUCAAAAGCCAGAGCUGAAACGGCCAUUGGAGACAACCCAGAGUUCACAAGCAUGUGAUUGUGACCAGCAGAUUGAUAGCUGUACUUAUGAAGCAAUGUAUAAUAUUCAGUCCCAGGCACCAUCUGUCACCGAGAACAGCACCUUUGGUAAAGGGAAUUUGGCUGCAGCCCCUGCUAACACUGGCCCCGAGGAAUCAGAAAAUGAAGAUGAUGGGUAUGAUGUCCCUAAGCCACCUGUGCCAGCAGUGCUGGCCCGCCGAACUCUCUCAGAUAUCUCCAAUGCCAGCUCCUCCUUUGGCUGGUUGUCUCUGGAUGGUGAUCCCACAACAAACUUUACUGAGGGUUCUCAAGUUCCUGAGAGGCCCCCCAAACCAUUCCCUCGGAGAAUCAACUCUGAACGAAAAGCAGGUAGCUGUCAGCAAGGAGGUAGUGCUGUUGCUUCUACUGCCACUGCUGCCACCGCUGCCACCAUUGCCUCGCCUCAGCUCUCCAGUGAGAUUGAGAACCUCAUGAAUCAGGGGUACUCCUACCAGGACAUUCAGAAGGCUUUGGUCAUUGCCCACAACAACAUCGAGAUGGCCAAAAAUAUCCUCCGGGAAUUCGUCUCCAUUUCUUCUCCUGCCCAUGUAGCUACCUAGCACAUCACCACCCUGCUUCAACUUUAGAGGACCAGUGAGCCAGGAGCUCUUACUUGAGUAGCACCUAAAAGGGCAGAGGUUCCUUUGGAGACUUCACAGUGAAGUCAUGCCCUUUCUGUGGGAUAUCACCUCUGUGGUUCUGAGAUUUCAAAGCAGUGGAAUGCAAAAGGAGCAGCUAGUAUGUUUUAUUAUUUUAUUGGUCUUGAGAGUGCAUUUGAAGGUGUCCUUCGGUCCCCACUUAGAGUGUGGAUUUUUAUUACAUGGUAGCCUACUUGGGGAACAAUUCAGAAAAUAAGAGAAUAAGUAUUGUGCUGUAAAUCCUAAUUGAGGACUUAAGACUUUCCUGGGUUAAGGAUGUGGCCACGUGUGUGUCUAUCUGUCUAUCCGUCUGUGGUUGUAUAUGUCCUGUGAUUCUACGAUUAACCUGCUGUGUGUGUUAAUCCCAGGCAGGGAAUUAGCACAAGAGGUUUAGGAAGGAAUCUUUAAGACUUCCAUCUACUGUGGUAUUAUGUCCAAACGUAGUGUGUAUUACAACUUCAACACUCCCCUUUGGCUUACAUUAUCAUGUGUGUAGCUAAAGUCCUAUAUUUUUAGAACACCCUUUCUCCAUCCUUUCCCCUGUCGGCUCCUUCCUCCUUCUCCCCCUUGGUGUUCUGUCACUGGCAUCGAGCUUGCUAUAACCAGCCUUACUGAGGCCAAGCAGCUUAUGGUAUGCUCUUUAUUAUGUGUGGUGGUGUUGGUUUGUUUGGAGAUAGGUGGGAGAAAAAGUAUUGUUGCUAUAUCAUUAUAGUCAUGUUUGAUACUAGCAGCUAACACUGGUCACUCCAAAGCACUGUUUCCAUAGGAACAUUGAGUUUGUUAAAAUAAGGUGGUUUAAUUAUCGUAGUUACAUAAUGACUGAUUUGAGAUAGAGGCCUUCAAAUACAUUCCAUGCCCUCCCCAGAAAAUAGUCUGUGGGAGUCAGUUGCCUUUGUGCCAGAUAUGUGUUCUAAUGUAGGUUAUGAAGUCUUUCUACGUAAUGGGAAGGGAGUAACAUUUGUUUCCAGGAUGACUUUCUGGCCUGAAUACCACGAAGCUUUUAGGAAGCUUCAUUCACAUGCUACUUAAGUGCACAAAAUAGACAAUGAAGAUUUAUCUGUUUAGUUUUUAUUCCCCAAUAAAUUAAUUUCAGCUUAUAUGGGUGCCUCCCUUUGAACAUAAUAAGCCAGGGUAGAUUUUCAGAAAUGAUUUUUUUUCUUUGCCCUUUAAGGAGUGGGGGUACCACCCA